UCCUGACUCUUCUUUCUUCUGCAAAUUCUUUUGCAGCCUUUAUCCUUCUUCGUUUUCCCUAACCCUCCAUGGCUGGAGACGAUAUAUUUUCUGAAACUCCCAAUGGUGGCAGCGGCACCAGCGGCACCUCCUCUGAUGAAUCUGCAAAUCCGCUUUUCCUCCAUCAUUCAGACCAUCCCGGUCUCAUCCUUGUCUCCAAGAAAUUGACAGGAGACAAUUACAACUCAUGGUGUCGUGCCAUGAGGAUCUCCUUGAGUGCGAAGAAUAAGACCGGAUUCAUCACCGGUGCAAUCAAAGAACCAUCUGCAAUCAAGAAACCAGAGGAGCAUGCUCUAUGGCAGCGAUGCAACGACAUGGUCUUGUCCUGGAUUCUCAAUUCUCUUGAACCAGACCUUGCUGACUCGGUUCUCUCCUGCACAACACCUCAUGCAAUUUGGGAGGACCUUAGGGAACGCUUUGCCUUGGGAAACGCCCCACGUAUCUUCCAGGUUCAAAGAGACAUCUACAAGAUUGAACAAGGCCAAUUGUCAAUCGCUGCUUAUUAUACCAAGUUGAAAGCACUUUGGGAUGAACUUGCCUCAUACAAUACAGUGGAGAAUUGCACUUGUGGGGCACAGAAUGACCGCACCAAACUCAUGCAAUUCCUUAUGGGCUUGAAUGAAUCGUAUGCAGGUACUCGUGGUCAAAUUUUACUAAUGAAUCCAUUACCUUCUGUGAGACAGGCCUAUGCUUCAGUAACUCAGGAAGAGAAGCAGCGAGAACUUGGCGUUGCUGCCCUUGCUCCAUCCAAUGCAGCAGCAAUGGCCAUUCGUAACUAUCCCAGGCCAGGAUUGAUACCUCGUCGCAAUCCUGGCAAUCAAGGCAGCAGUUCUCGCAAUCGCACUCCAGUUCAAUGCACCUAUUGUGACAAAUUUUAUCAUACUGAGGAGACUUGUCACAGGAAACAUGGCUUUCCACCUGGUCAUCGGCUCUAUAAACGCUAUCCACAACAAGGAAAUCGACCUCCACCACACAAUGAUGCCUCUGUUAAUCAUGUUGAUUGCACACCUUCAUUUAAGGAGCUGCAAGCCACACUUCCCAACCUGACUGAAGAUCAAUACACUCAGGUUAUUGCUGCAUUGAAUCCGAAGCCGCCAACUCCUCAGGCUAAUGCCGCUUCUGCUACAGAGUUUGCUUCAGGAUUUGGCUACGAGGAUGAUGAUUGGUGUGGGUAAGCGACGUGGAAAUUUAUACUAUCUUGUGGCGUUGUCUUCCUCCAUUCCUACCACACAUCCCUUUGCCGGUCACAUCACCAUACCAUCUGAUCUCUGGCAUCGCCGCUUGGGACACCCCUCUCCUGCUCGUUUACAAUUUCUAGCCAAGAAUUCUCUUUCUUUUGAUUUUGAUUCUAGUCAUCAAUGUGCGGUUUGUCCUUUAGCUAAACAGACCCGCCAACCUUUUCCUUCUAGUUCAAUAAAAACUUCUCGAUGUUUUUCCCUUAUUCAUUGUGAUAUUUGGGGACGUCAUAAGACUCCUUCUCUUAAUGGUGCUCAUUAUUUUUUGACUA